GGUGGACAGGUGUACUCUUGCUUGUGCUGUUCGACAGCUAUCAGUACGUUCGAAAUCAGUUCGAGGUUGGGACUGCAUAUAUUAUAGCCCUUGGCUGUGAUUUGCCUCUCUGAUACAAUCACACGGUGAGGGGGCGGAUAGCGUUGUGGGGGAAGUCAUUUGAAUUGAGCUCAACUUAUGGAACAUUCGGUCUGUGGCGACCAUGCGUUUUAUUAGCACCCACACGCUGCCAUGUUUCGAAUUCUCGAGUCCCAAGCUCCGGCCAGACAGACGGCGACGGAUACUAUUAAUACUCUAAGCAAUAGAUUGCAGAGCGCGACAUUACUGGAAGACCGCAGAGCAGCCAUUUUAGGCCUUCGGAGUUUUGCAAAGGAAUAUCCCGCAUCUGUUUCGUCCGGUGCACUUCGUCCAUUAAUAAACAGUCUGAGGAAUGAUGGGGAAGAUGUUGAUACUAUUAAGGUGGUCCUAGAAACGUUGUUGAUGCUGUUUUCUCCGCAUGAGAGUAGUCCGGAAGCAUCUGAUGAAAUCGCGCUGUGGCUUGCCGAUGAGUUUACUCAACGACAAGACAACAUAACUAUCCUCCUCGACCUCUUGGACUCCAAGGAGUUCUAUUCUCGACUGUAUUCCCUACAAUUGAUGUCAUAUAUAUCGAGUGCACGCCCAGAAAGAACCCAAGAAUGUAUCUUUACAGCACCAUUAGGGAUAUCACGGCUGGUUAAUGUUUUGAGUGAUGCUCGAGAACCUGUGCGCAAUGAGGCCCUCCUCCUUUUAAUCGCAUUGACGCCAUCAUCCGCUGAGCUCCAAAAGCUUGUGGCUUUUGAGAAUGCCUUCGAACGGAUUUUCUCUUUAGUAGAAGCUGAGGGUUCUUUAACACAUGGGUCAAUGGUUGUUGCGGACUGCUUGUCCCUUCUAGGAAAUCUGCUUGCUCUCAACAUUUCGAAUCAAUCAUAUUUCCGUGAGACCGGUUGUGUAAAGAAGCUUGGAGCACUCCUGUCGGAGGCAAAUGGAGAGCAAGAAAAAGAAGAUGGCGUUCCCGAGUGGGCAUUGGAGCACCGGGAUAAGAAUCUUUGGGGGCUCUUAGCAAUAGUGCAGCUAUUUCUCGUCAAGGGUGGAAUCAGUACACCCGUCAAUCAAUUGGCAUUCUGGCAAAAUGGGGUAACGGAGCAGGUUCUUCGCACCGCCUUCAAUACAAGUUUCGACAUUAGAAUUAGAGCGAAGGCGUUAGCAGCGUGUGCAGAUUUGAUACGCGGGAAUUCGGCUUUACAAGAACAGUUUGCGGAUGUAGAUGUCGCGGUUGGACCUACGCCGACGCAACCAAACCAAGAGCCACUUACGAAUGGUGCUUCAAAAGCAAACACAUACGAGAAGCUUAAUGUAAUCGAGGCGCUUCUUGGGUUAACACUGGAGUCAGAAUCCGUUCAUUUUCUCGAUGCUAGACUGGCUGCCUGUGAGUGUGUCAAGGCGUUUUUCACAAAUCAUUCUGGAAUUCGACUCCACUUUCUCCGCAGAGCAAUCGAUGGACAUACUAGCGGGGAAGACCGAAUUGCAAAUAUCUUUACACUCCUUCUGCAGCCUCCAGCUAGUAGAGGGAACGCUGAUCCGUAUCAACCCUGGCUAGCGGCUGUUUUACUGUUUCAUCUGGUUUUUGAGGAUGCAGAAGCGAAAUCUCUUGCCAUGAAAGUGACUGAAGGAGAUGAGUCAAGUGGUGAGGAAGUUAUUACUUGCGUUCAAGCCAUAGCGGGGAAUUUGAUCACGGGCAUGCAGAGGAAUGAUGAUGAACGGAUAUCCGUGGGCUAUUUGAUGCUUCUUUGUGGUUGGCUCUAUGAGGACCCAGACGUCGUUGACGAUUUCCUUGGAGAGGGAAGCAUUGUUCAGAGGCUUAUACAGGAAACAAACCAGAGUACUUCAUCCAAGACACUACUCCCUGGCCUUUCAGCUAUUCUUCUUGGGAUCAUCUAUGAAUUUUCAACCAAAGACUCUCCAAUCCCGCGCCCAAAAUUACACCAGGUUUUAACGAGCGGUUUGGGAAGGGAGCAAUACAUCGAUAAGAUCACAAAACUUCGCGAGCUGUCAUUAGUGCGAGAUUUUGAAGUUCUCCCACAGUCAUCGCAACUUGCCUAUGAUGGACUACCUGAAGUAUACUUCGAUAAAACGUUCAUCGACUUCCUAAAAGACAACUUUAGCCGCUUGAUCCGCGCUAUCGACCGCGAUCCCGGAUUCGAGGUGCCUGUCAUUGCCAAUGGCAUCCAGAAGGGAAUAUCGCGUGAGUUGGUGGAUACCCUUCGAGCGCAGGUAGAGGAUAAAGGGCAGGCGAUUCAAAAACUAGAAUCGGAUCUACUUACCCUAGAGAGAAAAUUGGAACAAGAGCAACUGGACCACAGGAAGACGAAAGAUUCAACUACUCUUGAGCUCGAUCGAAUAAAACAUCUUAACGAAACUCUUCAGAGAAAUCAUGAAGAGGAGGUGAGAACACUCGAGGAGCGGAACAGGCAGUCUCACAACGACCUACUCCGACAGCACGGAGAACAGUUACGAACUAUUGACUCACAACUCAAGCAGACAUCCGAGGAACAUGAAAAAAAAGCUGCGAAGAUACGGGAUCGACAUGAAGCUGAAGUUGCGGAUUUGAAAAAGACCAUACAAGAUCUGGAGGCAAGCCUUGAGAAGGCCGGGAAAGAUCAUAUACAGGACCUUCAAACUGCUCAUGAGGAGUAUUCCUCGAAGCUGUCGUCGUUGGAAGCUCGGAGUCAAAGGGCAGAAGAGCGCGCUGAGGAAGCUACUGAACGUGCCGCAAAGGCUGAAAGGGAACUUAAGGCCGCACAGGCCGCCCUGGAAGCACACAAGGCCGAAUUACAAGACAAGGAGGAGGCUCGGAAGGCUGUGCAAGGAGAGCUGGAGGAUCUAUUGAUCGUUUUCAGCGACUUGGAAUCGAAGCGCAACCAGGAAAAGAAACGCUUAAAGGAACUUGGCGAAGAGGUCUCCGAUAUAGAAGAGGACGAUGAUGAUGACGACGACGGAGAAGCGGAUUGAGGAUUUCAACAUCUUAUAUAUGUGUUUUUCCACACUGCUGUAGCUAAUUGAUACCUCCACACGACACAUGAGCUUUAGUAUUUGAAAUAUUUCUAGGGUUAGAUAGCGUGAUUACAUAUACAUAUGUGUGUGUUUCAUGAUAACUUAAUGAUUAUUGUUUUUAUUGGA